UCUCCUCCAGGACCUAGGAGCAGCGGAGGUCCCACCCACCAACCGAGAACACACUGGCUACGUGCAACCUCCCCUUCCUGGAGGACACAAUGUUACGUUUCUAGGUUCCCCCUGGAGGAUAUUACAGUAACUUUCAGUGGUUAAUGAAUAGCUUCCCGUUGCCUGCUCCAUUUAAUUGUUCAAAGGCCAUUUGUUCCUGUGUAGAAGGCUGUGACCUGACUAGUGAGUGUUCUUCCCACAGCAGGCCUGGAAGCAGAGGAGUGGCAGGGUCAGACGGGCUCCAAAGAAGAAGGAUGCAGAACAGGACUGGGCUGAUCCUGUGUGCCCUCUCCCUCCUCACCGGCUUCUUGAUGAUUUGCUUGGGGGGCUUUUUCAUCUCCAACUCCCUCGUCCUCUCCCAGAAGAAUCUAGUGGCGGCCUAUGUGCUUCUGCCCAUGGGGUUUGUGAUCCUUCUGAGUGGAAUUUUUUGGGGCACCUACCGCCAAGCAAAUGAAAACAAAGAGAUGUUCAACCAUGUGCUCAGACAGCACCUUGCUUUCCAGGACCUGCCCCUGGCCACUGUAGACAGGCCUGACUUUUACCCCCCGGCUUAUGAGGAGAGCCUGGAUGUUGAGAAACAGGCCUGCCCUGCAGGCAGAGGGCUCCUAGGAUUCCCUCCUCCUCUGUAUACAGAGACAAGCCUUGAACUUGGAGACCUUGAAGAUGAAAGUGACCGGCAACCAGAGGACCCGCCACCCUACCGGGAGAUCAUAGCAGGUGCAGAGGCUACAGCGAAGGCACAGAAUGCUGAGGAGCCAAGCACAGCGCUAAAGACAGGGACUGGUCUCCAGCUCUCAGAACUCAUCAGCUGCUGAGAAGAGAGGCUAGCCAGGAACUGGGAAGUUGCUCUGCCACCCCGCACUGGAGCUAGGCCACCGUGGGUUCCAGGGACUCAAGUUUAGCCUUUCAAGGGCAGCAUGAGGUCCAAGAAGGGGGUAGGAAGUGGUGCAGAAAAUUCCCACAAAGCCCAACCUAGAUGAACCUUAGAUCGCAGAGAAGGCGCCUUCGAUCGCCUUCCUAACCUCAUCACUUCAGCCCAAGCCUGGGGUACACUUGCUGCGGGUGGGACGGCCGUGCCCUUCACACGCUGUAUCCAAAGAACCAAAGGAAAGGAUGCCUGGGAGGCAGCCCUGUGUCACCCCACUGGCUGUGCUCCCUGAGUGACACCAUGGCUCACACACACCAAGGGAGAUGUCCUUGGAACCUAGGAGUGUUAUUUUGUAUCAUUGUGUUUUAAUUACGUGUGUGUGUGUGUGUGUGUUUUUUUUCUAUACAAAAGAAAGAGACUGUAAUAUUUGCUUUCAAAUGGUUCAAACACAACAUGUUGAGUUAUUUCUUAAAGAGGUCUUUAUACAAGCACACAGGAGUUCUUAUAGAUUCAAGUUGACUAGGUAUAAUACUUAAUUUGUGAUACAGAGAACCAAGGGUGAUGUUAAUACACAUCUUGCUACAAAUCUUGUGAAGUUAAAAAAAAUGUUUAUAUGUAGUUUUUCAAAUUUUUUCCUGCCAAAUUCAGAAUAUAAGCGAUUAAAACCUGUAAGGCCGUAUCUCUAUUACCAGGAUGGUUUUUUUGUGUCUCUAGAUAGAGAACUAGACUUCUAGACUUAACCCAGUGGUCCCUCCUUGGUUUCAUUUUCUUCAUGGGAGUUUUCAAAAUCAGAGAACAUGUUGGUGGAAGGAUGCUGGCAGGUCACUCAGGAUGAGACUGUCUGUGAAGUGUCUGGGUUGACAUCUAACAGUUAUGGCUUGCCUUUCAAGUAGCAGGUCCAACUAACCCUCCCAUGCAUGUUAUUUAUUUAAGUCCCACUCCAUCUCUACAAGGUGAGGGCUAUGCCCAUUCCUUUUUCCCCAAUAUAUCAACUGAGGCUUCAAGACUCAGGAAAUGUGUUCAAUAAAACAGUGGCCUGAAGGGAAGUGAAGAACCCCAAGGAUGCGAGGGAAGUUACUUACUUCGUACUUAGGCUAGCUGUGUCUUUCUUUUGUCCCUUCAGGAUGCAGCUUACAUUGCUGUCUCCAUUGCAUAAGUGAUUCCCUAACAGAAAGAGAUGUUCUGGGUCACCACAAUAUCUUCCGCCCUUGAAGGAGAAAGCUUGGUGGCUUUCGGUUUAUUGGGCUUCUUAUUUACAAUAUGUCAGCCUUGCUUCUACUUGUGAGCUGGGCCCUCGUAGUACAGUUUUCCUACAGCUUACUGAUAGCCACAAUGACAGGCACAAGUGAAGAAAGAGAGUCAACUGGCUGUCCAGGUUUUCCGAAUCCCAGUUCGUGCUGAGUACACAGGUUGUGAACGUCCUGAUCAACACACGAUGCCACAUGAGCAAAGCCCAAGUCCCUGAUGCAUCCUUAUGAAUCUUUGCUUUGCAUCCAUGACAAUGAGAGAAUGGCUAGGUAGGAAGGCCACUGGUGGCUAAAGAGAUCAUUUAUUAGCAGUGAAAUUCAUUACUCCUUUCUUGUCAUUUUGUUUUCAUCCCUCUGCAGGGCAAUUUCCCGUAUGGGUCUGAUUGACCAGCAUUACUGGACUUCUAACCAGAUUCAUACGCAGAAUAGAUGGUUUUUGUACAGCUGGGGGUGACUGAAACAAAUUUUCAACUCGGUUUGCAUAAAUUGCGUUAGUCUCUCUAAGGCAAUAAAUUUUGUAUUCAGA